GGAUGGGUUUGCAUCUUUGAUGAAUGAUGCGAUUCCAAAUAACAACCAAAUGGGUAGAACUUUCAAUAGCACAAAGAAGGUUCUUGAGGGCUUGGAACUUCCUCAUGAGAGGAUCCACACAUGCCCUAAAGGAAAACUAUGAAAAAAAUGUUGCUGAAUGUGUUGAAAAAGGCAUUGCUAAAGAUCCCAACCAAAUCUACUUUGAGACAGUAGGUGGGAGAAAGAAGGGAAAGGUCCCCGGGCUGGGUAGUGGAGCCUCUCUAUACUUUGCACCAUCUAGAAGGGGUGGUAGUUCUUCUAGCUCAUACACCCCAUCUAUUUAUUCUCAAAUGUCAUCUCGAUUGGAAGAGACUCAACAACAGUUGACCCAAAAAUCCAUUGAGCUUGAAACAACAAAAAAUCAGAUGUUAAAGGCUAUGGAGGACGAUCUACUUUUGAGGCAAAGGGAGAGAGAAGAAAGAGAAGCAGAGCGACUACAGCACCAAAGGGAGAUGGAAAGGGAGAGACAAGAGAGAGAAAGGGAGAGACAAGAAAGAGAAGAACAUGCCGCCCAGAUGAAAAAGGCAAUGGAGUCUUACGAGCGGAUGUUCAGUCAGUGUACUGGUUUUCCUUUCUCGCAGUCGCAGGACCCUCGAGAUCCACCCGGAGGCGGGACACCUUUGUGUUAGGUAGUUAGUAUUCUUGUAUUAGUUUGAACUAGUUACAACUUUUCGUAUUAACAUGUUUGAACAACAUUAUGUGUAUUAUGAAUCUUUGUUGUAUGACUUUGAACAUGUUUAAUAUUAUAACAUCGAGCAGGUUUCAUACGA